GAAUAAUAGUAAAAAAGUCACUUUCAUUUGUUAUCUCUAAUUUACAAAGCAUUAGUAGCUUUCAUUUGUUGUGAUAUUGAUCAUGGCCAAAAUAUCAUGUUCUUAUUAUUUCCUCAUAAUCAUGCUUGUGUUCUCAGUAUAUUCAGCGGUUGAGAAAGCUAAGGGAAAUCUAUGUACUAAAAUCAUCAAUCCAGAAACUCCAUAUUGUGACCUUGUUGACUGUCGUCUAAACUGCUAUAUGGGAUACAAUGGAGUUGGAAAAUGUUUGAAAACCAAACUUGGUAGAGAUCCUAAAUGUGUUUGUACUUAUAAUUGUUAA